AUGAAGCUCCGCAGCUCUAUUCGUCCGCCCAAAAGGUUCAACUCUGAGGAAUUUGAAUGUCCUUACUCAGAGGUAAACCUACGUCGAACUCCAAAAUCCAUAGAGAGGCCCCCUAUCAUUGAGUUUAAUCCCAAUUUACCACCCGCUGCAUUCCCUACUCUGGACAAGCCACGCCCACCUGGAUCAAACGACGACAAAAUCGACAACGGUCAGGAUAGUAGCGACGAGGAGAUGGAGUUUGAAGAUCUCGCUUUUACUGAGAUCGAGAAUCUCAAAGCUAGCAAUGGACCCUUGAACCCAAUCUAUCUGAGAAACAUGGCUUUGAUGGCUAACGCAGGUCGUGGUUCGCACAUGGAUUUUCUUGAUCUGCAAGAGAGCUUUGGAGAUCGAAUUGAUAAUGGGUUUGACGGUGGACUCUCCGAGUCUGCUCCCAUACUACCAGACCCCCAAUGGCGCGAUAUACUCAUGUCUCUCAAAGUUGAGAUCUUCGGCAACCUUCUUCAGUCAUGCUCCUGGUCACACGCAUGUAUCAGGCUAGGACUUAGCGUCAGAGAUCAAGUGGAACUUCGAGGGGCGUGGACCGAGCGUGACAAGCAGUUAGACUACGAGGACGAACAGCUGGAAAAGAUGCGAGAAGACCGGCUGAGAGCCUUGAUGCGGAUCGACAAUAGUCUUCUGAAUCGUGACCAACAUUCGAUUUGGACGCUGUUUUGUAAGACACGCCGUCAAGCACGCCACAAUAUUCAGGUGCAGCAGAGGGAGUCCUGUAAGAACUUCUUCAUGUGCAAUACCGACGAGAUUGCCAUAGCCAAGAGAUUCCUAGAGAAAUGGGGGUUGAGCCCCAAGCUCGUUGGGGAAUGGUGCAAUACUAUUCCGGUCGUCGAGGGUCCCGAUGGAGAGGAGUCUGAUUCUGAUGAUUUGGAGCCAAGAACUCUGAAGUGGAAUUUGAAACCAACUGGCAUUGAUAUAAGUGGCUUACAGCCAGGAAUUGCUCCUCCUAGGAAUAACGCGACUGCCUCGAAUAAACCUACCGUGUCAACAGCUUCCAAGGUAUCACUCAUAAACGAUAUCCAUGGUUUUGGACCAUCAACCUCUGCUAGGCAAAUGGAUGCAUCCUGGCUUCGAAGCGGCGUCGUUAAUUCUGUUUCCAGGUGGAUAAACGCCCCCAGUCAGCCUACUUGGCCCAACGGGCUUGUUAACCUGAAUAUUGGCAUGCAGCGCGCUGCCCAAGUUCAGCCUACUACAGAACCCCAGUUAGUCGAACCGACAAGAUUGGCUCGUCAAACCCCUCCACAGGACCGCAUCUCUCAGGUUCUCGCCCCGACAGUGGAGGGCGCUUCCUAUACUUAUGUUGUAUCAUCCUACCCAGCCCAGGCCCCUAGAAGAAGACCCCCUUCGACUAGGCCCGAGCCCGAGGAGCCCGUCCGACGGACCUUGGGUGGAUGUUGGUCUUAUUUGUCUGCCGGGCCUAAUCAGAAUCUCGCGACCACUGCUACUAGACCUCUUCGGACUAGGCGGGGAGGGACCAGAUCUGGUUUGCGAAAUGAGAUAACUAGAACCGAUGGCAGCAAUGAUCAGCGACCUCCCGCCCCCCUGCCAGAUGAGGGAACAGAGAUCCCCAGGGAGGAUCGCAGCAGCAAUGGGAAAUGCCCAGCCUCUCAGCCAGAGCAUAGUUCCUUACCUAAGGUCCAGCCAACAACCACAAGAAACAGGAGAUGCCCGUCCGUAAUAGAUCUAGACGGAUACAAUUCCGCGACAAGCUACAGGGGAUUACCACCAUCCCACGACGGGCAGAUAUCGCGAACAGCUUCUCCUGUCCCAGUUGACGAAGGUCCAAGGGAGGAAACUGAUAGCAUGACAAUCACGCCUCCUACUUCAGAUAUCCCCCUUGCACUGGCUUCACAGGUUUCUGAAAAUGAAGAAACGGUCGAAGAAACGGUCAACGACAAUCGAUGGGAAGAAAGUGAAGACGAAGAUGAUAUGGAAUUGGACGAAAUGGUACUUGUCCCAUGUUUUUCGAACUGA